AUGUGUGACGGGUCUAACACCAGACGGAACAGAAAAAGACCUCACGGUUUGGAGGACGUGACGGGGGAGAAAAAAAUGGACCACCAAAGGCCAGAGGAAACCAUUAAAGGGUUAAGCCUCACCUCAGACUUGGAGAGAUACAAGAUGAGACAAGAUUUGUCAAAAGAUGUAUUUAUUCGGCGCACGCUGGCGUGA